AUGGCGUCUCUGCAAUUGCUUGCAGGAGCACCAGCAUAUCCAGUACUUGCAGGGAGGAGAGAUGGGUUCACCUCCUCAGCCAAAUCAGUGGAUCUUCCUUCCCCUUCCAUCACCUGGCAGCCAGGCCUCGAUUACUUCAAAAGCAAAAAAUCUCUCUCUCUUAUCUCUUAUUUUUCAUCUUCGGGAGCUCACUCAUUUGGCAGGACACAUUGCCGCUACAUCCAUGACCGCCUCUACAAUUUUUCCGGCAAUGGAGAACCCGACCCAGACUUGAGCCCCUCUCUCCUCUCUGAUCUUCAAAAGCAAUGCAAGCCAGCAAAAGGUAUAAGCGAUCCGAUGGUCUUCUUGAACCCCGACUCGGGAGAUGGGUACAAGUUUAGCAAUUCCUACUAUAAGCGAAUUCUCGACAAAAAAGCGGUGCUCGGAAUAGACCAAGACCUUAGCUAUGGAAAUGACACUGCUGAUAUUUCGGAUGAAUUUGCUGGAGAUUUCGAGUAUUUCCGCCGAAUGUUUGCAUUAGCAAUAAGUAGAAUGGGCAAUCUUGGAGUCAUGACGGGAGAAAUCAGACGAAAUUGCAGGUUUACAAACAAGGAUAAUCCAAAUCUAAAAUAA